AUGGCAGAGCUGAAGAAAAUAGCUUGUGAUCAUAUUGAUCAGCUGACAACUGUUCUUGGUUCUUUAAGUCAGGAUAUUUGGGACCAUCCCGAAUUAGGCUAUAAAGAAUACCAUGCACAUGAUGUUAUUUCAAAUUUUCUAGAGGAACGAGGAUUUGAAGUAACAAGAAAAUACAUACUUGAUACAAGUUUUUGUGCCAGGUUUGGGCAUAACAUACCAGACAACGAAAAUCUUCCUCACCUGGCAGUUUUGUGUGAAUAUGAUGCACUUCCAGGCAUCGGUCACGCAUGUGGACACAACUUGAUAGCAGAAGUGGGCGUGGCAACUGGUCUAGCCAUCAAACAGGCACUAGAAUCAGCUGGCAAACCUCUAGGCAAGCUGACAGUGCUUGGUACCCCAGCAGAGGAGGGUUUGUGUGGUAAAGCUGAUUUGAUUAAAAGUGGGGCAUUUGAAGGAGUCGAUGCUGCAAUGAUGGCCCAUCCCUCCCAGUUUACUUUGUCGAAACCCAACUAUGUUUCUAUGACCCCUGUGACAAUAACCUACAAGGGCAAGGCCGCUCAUGCCUCCUCCUACCCCUGGGAGGGUCUCAACGCUCUAGACGCUGCUGUCCUCUGCUACAACAAUAUCUCAUGUCUACGUCAACAGAUGAAACCAACAUGGCGCGUUCAUGGGGUGAUAAGUAAGGGAGGUCUCCAGCCAAAUAUCAUUCCAGAGGAAACAGAGCUACAGUAUUAUCUCCGCACUCCAACAGAGCCAGAACUCAAGGUCCUCAUGUCAAAGGUCAACAACUGUAUCCAAGCUGCUGCCUUAGCAACAGGCUGUGAUACAGAAUAUAAAUAUUCAGAAAAGCAUUACUUUUCCUUGCUGUCCAAUGCGACAAUGGCUGCUACCUUUGAAGAGAAUGCCAAGUCAGUUGGGGUAGAAUUUGAACAGAAGCAAGAGCUUAUCAGAAAGUUUGGGGGGUCAACAGACAUGGGGAAUGUAUCACACAUAGUGCCUAGUAUCCACCCUAAGUUCUUCAUAGGAACCACAGCUAGUAACCAUUCAAAAGCCUUCACAAAAGCAUCAGGUGAUCCCAUGGCCCAGCCAUAUACGCUAGCAAUAGCCAAAGGACUGGCUAUGACAGCUCUGGAUAUCUUCACAAAACCAGGUCUCUUGUCUGAUAUAAGGGCAGACUAUCAGAAGGAUGUUAGUGAACAUGCAUAAGUGCAAAUUAAUAUUAGCUCAACAUAGCAACAGUGAUAUUUCAUACUUUAACAGAUUUUCAGUCGGAAUGAUCAGUGACAAGUGUUUUCAAGAUAUAGAUGUAUAUUAUAAAUUGCAGUAUUUAUUAUCUCCCUACCCCAACCUCCACCCCCCCACCCUGUCCCCAUUUAGUAAAGCAGGUAUGCAGUGAUCAGUUGAUCUGUUUGUCUGUACUUGCAUGCAUUUGCUCGUUCAAACACUGGUGCAGAGCUUGUGUACAAGAUAUCUCUCCAACACCUCAACAUGUAUACAGUUCUAUAUGUAUAGUUCAUAAUCACCCAAUAACACCAUUCAGCUCUACACCUGAUUGGCCACUUUUAAAAUAAACAGCUUGCAAUUGUGUACAGAAUAGCUCAUGAACCCAAUGGCAGAUUUAGUAUAUAUUCUUACCAUAACCCUUGGCCAUCCAGGUAUACACUGAUUAAAUUUGGUAGUUAUUAGUCAGGGUCAAAGAUCAAAUGUCACCCUUGACUACUUUUGAAACAAAAAGGUUGUGUAUAGAACCCAUGAACAUAUUUAGUUUAUAUACAUAUAUCACACUUAACCAGCAAGUUUUACACCAGAUUAGAUUUUGGUGGUCAUCGGUCAAGGUUAAAGGUCAAAGGUCACCCUUGACUACUUUUGAAACAAAAAAGUUGUGUACAGUAUAUCUUGUGAACCCAUGAUCAGAUUUAGGUUAUAUUCACACCAUAACACAAGUUCUACACCAGAUCAGAAUUUGAUGGUCAAGGUUAAAGGUCAAAGGUCACCCUUGACCUCUUUUGUAAUAAAUAGCUCCAUUACAAUAUAUUUCAUGAAUUUAUAGAUAGAUUCUGCUUCUGAGUAUCAUGUCAUCCUAUCAAAUUUUGUACUUGUUCACAGUGAAGCUCACACCAUCAAAUUGUAUAUCAGAGUAUAUUUUGGUGCUCAUUGUGCUAAAUAUGAGGGAUGUGAGAUGGUGACACUAAUUCAACAGUAUUACCACAUGUAAUCUCAUAGAAUUAUAUAAGAUUGAUAUGGAAUGAGUUUGAUAUUGCGCAUGUCCUUUUUUACUUCUUAUAGAAAAUGUUGAAAUAAUUAUCAGAAUUACACAUAUGUGACUUGUUUUGUGUUGACUAUCAAGAGUUUUAUCCAAAUUUAAUGUGUGUAGAUUGUAACCAGUAAUAUGUUGAAAUGAUUUUAAUGUCUUACACUAGUAUCAUAUUACACAACCGUCAAUUAGAUUUGUAAGAAAAGGCCUUUAACUAGCAGGACUUCAUAUUUAGAAAAACACGAUUAUAGUAGCAGAGCCAAUGAAUGAUUCUUCAAAGAAAUAAAAAAAAAAAUAAAGAUCGGAACUCUUUAAAUUAUUUUUUUUCUUUAGUUUGAGAGAGUUUAAAUCAUACGACUCUUAAUUGGUGUUUCUGAUUUCAUUGUUGAAGGUACAUGAUCCGUCGUCAAUGGAGGUUCUGACAUUUAAAUGCUUGUUUUUGGUUGAUAUUGUACGUUUAUAUAUUCAGUCUUUUUUCUCACAUGCAGACCCAAUUUUAGGUACAUCUCAAAUUACCUCCGGCAAAUUGUUAUCAACAUUGACAGAAAUGUUUCUUGUACUACUGUGGUUUUUCAAAUAUUGUCAUAGUUCAAUGAGAAAUUUUAGUUUUUGCUAACUUUUAAUUGAUGUCAAGGCAUGUUAAUAUCUUAAUGAGUUCUGAUGAUAAAACAUAAAUAUGUAUUCCCUUCAUUUUACUGUUGUCAUGACUCAGGGUAUGACUGAAAGAUUGGAUUUUAUGUUGGUAUCAACAUACUCUGAUUCACCUGUUAUUUCUUUUUCUUUUUUGUUGAAAUGAAUAUACGGACUUGCAAUAAAUUGAGAUGUAUA